CGAUCUUCUUCUUCCUCUGCUGCUUUGCGGGAAGCUGUGUUCGGGAAAAAAAUAUGGGUAUUCGAGAAUUGAAAGAAGAAUCAAUGGGGUGGCCUUCUCUCUUGGUUUCAUUGUUCAUGUUAUGGUCAUCACUUCUACUACCCUGCAGCGGCAACAAGGACAGAUUAACAGUAGGGAAAACUAUAAGCGGGAACCAGACUAUAAUCUCCGCAGGUGAAACCUUCGCCUUGGGCUUCUUCAGUCCCGGGAAUUCUACCAAUCGUUAUCUUGGAAUAUGGUACAACAACAUUCCCGUAAAGACGGUCGUAUGGGUCGCCAACAGGGAAGCACCCCUUUCCCUUCCAGAGGAUUCUUCCGGAGUUUUCACUAUCAGCGACAACGGCAAUCUCGUGGUUUUGGAUGGAAACGGAAGAAUUGUAUGGUCAUCAAAUGUUUCAGCUGCUGAUAUGGAUAAGAAAAAUACCUUUGGAUUAUUAAUGGACUCGAGCAAUCUUGUUUUGAGACAGAGCAGUGAUCAAUCUGACUUGUGGCGAAGUUUUGAUUAUCCCUCCGACACAGCACUGCCCGGCAUGAAACUUAGCUCGAAUGUAAAGACUGGGCAGAGCAUCCAUUUAACAUCAUGGAAAAACGAAGUCGACCCGGCACCAGGAGAAUUUCUUUUAGAAGUCAAUAGGGGGAUGGCCAUCAGGAGGGGGCCGAAUCUAUUUGCGAGAACUGACUGGGAUGGAAAUCCGUCAAUUGGAUCACUUCUGAAAGUAGGCAACUAUGCGUUCUACCUCACCGUCACAAUCAACGAUGAGGGGGUUAACGUCACUUUUACACUGUCACAGCUCUCAGUUUUUUCAAGGUUUGUUCUGAAUCAAAAUGGACGGGUCGAGCUGAUGUCGUGGUUUAACAAGGAGUGGAUGACGCUAUGGUCGGCUCCAGAGAAGGAAUGUGAUUUCUAUGGAAGGUGCGGUCCAAACGCUAGUUGUUACCAAAACAGCUCUUCAUCGAUCUGUAAGUGCUUGGAUGGGUUCAAGCCUAAAGUUGAUAGUGAAUGGGAUAUAGGGAAUUGGUCAGGAGGCUGCAUUAGGCGAAAGGAACUUUCUUGUAGCAGCAAUGGAUUUUUGAGAGUUGAUGUGAUGAAGCUGCCCUAUGCCUAUCACUUGAUUACCAUAAGGAAUUCAAGUGUGACAGAAUGUGAAACUGAAUGCAAGAGGAACUGCUCCUGUACGGAUUAUGCUUUUAGAAAGUAUGAAAAUGGAGCUGCAUCAAGGUGUCUAAAUUGGUUUGGAGAUUUCGAUGAUCUAGUGCAAGACGACAUCAACGGGAAAGACUUUUAUGUACGUCUUGAUGGCUCUGAAUUAGUUGGAACCCCCGAGGCAAAUAACUUCAUGGAUAAGAACAGAGUUCGAGUUAUAAUUUCAAUAUCAGCAGCUUCUUCUGCUUUGCUUCUUAUUGGUGCUUUUGUAUAUUCUUUACGGAGAAGGUUAACAGAGCAUGCUGUAGGUGGAAGUGACACAAGUGUUGUUGAAAUUAUCUAUAAGGAAUCUGAAGUAUUAGCAAGUGAGACCAACUCCCCGGAGCUGUCUUCCUUCAGUCUUAGUACUUUGAGAGUUCUUACUGACAACUUUUCUGUAACAAAUAAAUUGGGAGAGGGUGGAUUUGGCCCUGUUUAUAAGGGAAGCUUGCUUGAUGGCCAAGAAGUAGCUAUUAAAAGGCUCUCUGAGAAGUCUGAACAAGGAUUUGAGGAGUUCAUGAAUGGGCUAAAACUAAUUGCUAAACUCCAGCACAGAAACCUUGUUAGACUCGUAGGUUUCUGCAUUGAAGAAAAGGAAAAGAUACUGAUAUACGAGUACAUGCCAAACAAAAGCUUGGACAAGUUCUUAUUUGGUCCAACCAAAGACUCAGAGUUGGAUUGGAAUACACGCUUUGACAUCAUAGAAGGUAUUGCUCAAGGGUUACUUUAUCUUCACGAGCAUUCCAGAUUAAAGGUUAUUCAUAGGGAUCUGAAGGCAAGCAAUAUACUAUUGGAUGGAGAUAUGAAGCCCAAAAUUUCAGAUUUUGCGACGGCAAGAAUAUUUGGGAUAAACCAAACGGAAGCAAACACUUGUAGAUUGGUGGGGACGUUGUAAGUUGCAUUCAUGUUAUCAUAC